AACAGAAUGACCGUAAAAUAUUUCAUUUACUUAGUAAAUCCUAUACGUUCAGUCGUAAGUCAUUGCGAUUUAAAAAUAAUGUAUCGACUUUGAUUUAAUAUUACUGUUGAAAUCAAUUUAUAUCAAGAACAAUGAAUGCUGCUGCCGCUUUCAAGACAGUGGAGAUUUUGCAAAAUGCAUUUAGAAUAUUGGCAUAUUUGCAUCUCACAGACUAUUUGUGGCCACAUCAGGCUACCGUUCAUGAUGGACCUAGUUACGACUUUAUAGUGGUCGGCGGUGGUACAGCAGGAAGUGUCAUUGCUAACAGACUCUCAGAAAUCGAGCACAUCAAUGUUCUACUCAUCGAAGCUGGUGGUAAUCCUCCUUUUGAAUCAGAUCUUCCUGGUGUUCCAAUUCUUAUGGAAAAAUCUCGCUACGAUUGGAACUAUACAGCAGGACUCGACGGAUUUGAUGAAUCUUGUCGUCUCAAGCCUUCUUACGAAGUAAUUCUGGGGAAAAUGUUAGGUGGUACCAGCUCCAUGAAUUACAUGAUUUAUAAUAGAGGAAAGCCUAAAGACUACGACUCUUGGGCUGAAAUAUCUAACGAUGCUACAUGGAAAUGGGAAAAUGUCUUACCAUAUUUUAUAAAAUCUUCCAAAAUAAAAGACGCAAAAAUUCUUCAGUCAGUUGACAAAAAAUAUUAUGGAACUGAUGGAUUACUACAAAUUACUAGAGAUCGCCGCGAAGGAAUAGACACAUUUUUAGAUGCCUACCGGGAACUUGGACAUGAUACAUUCCUCGAUUUCAAUGAAAAUAACAUUUUAGGUUUUUCUCCGCACAUGUUUAUGAUAGCCGACAGAUCCCGCCAAAGUUCGGCUUACGCAUUCCUAUCGCCAAUUAAAAAUCGGCGCAACCUUCAUGUAUUGAAAAAUACACUCGUAACUAAAAUCUUGUUUGACAAAAAUAAAAAAGCUGUCGGUGUAGAAGUUCUUACUGAAGAUCGUAAAACGAUGACAUUGAAAGCUAAAAAAGAAGUUAUUGUAUCGGCUGGAGUAAUGAAUACUCCUAAACUGCUAAUGUUGUCAGGUGUUGGGCCAGAGGAACAUCUGAAAGGGAAAAACAUUGAGGUGGUUUCAAAUUUACCUGUAGGAGAAAAUCUACAAGAGCAUAUGAGUGCUGUUAUAGUCGUCAAUAUGGAAACAAUAAUUGAUCCGCCAGAACCCAGUCCUUAUGAAAUGCCUGGAUUCUCGUUUUCAGGCUAUGUAUCAGUGAAUCAAUCUUCUAACAAUCCUGAUUACCAGCAAACUACGUAUGUAACUACGCCAGAAGUUAUAUUAUACUACUGCACUUUUACAUUCCAAUUAAGUGAUGAAGUUUGCAACAAUAUCUUUAAACAAAAUGUUAAAAGACUUCAAGCGAUUAAUUUUAUAAUUAAUAUUAAUCCAAAAUCACGAGGAAAAGUCCUCUUGAAAAGUGCUAAUCCUGAAGACCCUCCAGUUAUUAAUACUGGAUUCUUUUCAAAUAAGGACGAUAUUGAAGAUCUAGUAGAUUAUGUAUUAGACUAUCUUAAGGUGUUGAAUACGACGUAUUUAACGAACAUUGGUGCAGAGUUAGUUGAAGCAAUUCCUAGAUGUAAUGAAUUUGGGAAGGAAACAAGAGAGUUCUGGCGUUGUUACAUUCCGUGUGUGUCUGCUGGGCUUAGUCAACUGACCAGUACAUGUCCCAUGGGCACUGUUGUUGAUGGCAGGUUGCGAGUCCAUGGUGUGAAAGGUCUGCGUGUAGCUGAUGCCAGUGUGAUGCCCACAAUAACUAGAGGGAAUCCAAUGGCUGCUGUUAUAAUGAUUGGCGAAAAAGUAUCCGAUAUGAUAAAACAGGACAAUAAUUUGAUUUAAAAUUUGUAUUAGUCGUUAAAUAAAAAAUUAAAUUAAAAAUUAAAAAAACCCCCGACAUAAAAACUUAAUUUCCCUUUAAAAAGUAAAAAAUAAUAAAAGAAACUUAAUCUUAAAGUACCUAAGAAUGUACUAAUAAUUCUAAAAAAAAAAAAUACGUCGCGUUGGGGGACCGCUCCUAAUUAUUUCUUACUUAUCUACGAAAAUAGAAAUAUAGCGGCGCGGGCGGCGGUGUACAGUCCGUAUGAAUGCGGUCCCCCAACGAGACGUAUUUUUUUUUUAGAAUUAUUAGUACAUUCUUAGGUACUUUAAGAUUAAGUUUCUUUUAUUAUUUUUUACUUUUUAAAGGGAAAUUAAGUUUUUAUGUCGGGGGUUUUUUAAAUUUUUAAUUUAAUUUUUUAUUUUAUACUUUUUAUAGGUAGGUUAGGUUAAGUUAGGCUUAGUACAUUACAUAUAACGGGUGUCCCAACAAGAACGCAAGAUUUAAAUUUGGCGGCAUUCGAAGUGUCAUUGUUUGACAUUUGAACAAGUGUUGUUGUUAGUUAGUAUAAGGUACGAGGUUACUAAAAAUGGAGCGCUACACGAUUGAAAAUGAGGCAGGUCAAGCGCAAACAGUCAAUGAUGGUGUUCGGUAUCGUAAAAUCAUAACCAGUUUUUUCGUACCUCGAAUGGAAGAAAUGGAUUUGGAGGGCAUGUGAUUUCAACAAGAUGGCGCCACAUGUCAUACAGCCAGAGAAACAAUUAAAUUGCUGUAUCAGUCAUGUCCCGGUCGUGUUAUUUCACGUUUUCGAGACCAGAAUUGGCCGCCUAGAUCAUGUGAUUUAUCAACAUUACACUUUUUUCUUUUGGGUUUCUUAAAGUCGAUGGUUUAUGAGAAUAAGCCGACGACGACUCAAGCCUUAAAAGGAAAUUGGACGCUGUAUUAAUGAAAUACCGCAGCAUUUAUGUAAAACGGUCAAUGAAAAUUUCGUCAAAAGAUCGCAUAUGUACCGCAAAGCCGCGGCGGCCAUCUGCCCGAUGUAUUGUUCCAUAGAUAACCUCAUCCUCUCUACUUUACGACAUUAUAAAGUUUUCACGAUUUUUUUUUAAAUAUCUGCGUUUUAUCUAAAAUUUAAAUCUUGCGUUCUUGUUGGGACACCCUAUACUUACUAUAAUUUCGAUUCUUGUUAAGGUAAAGAUUACAUCUAAGGUCAAGCUCGUUCGCUUUUAUUUAUUUAUUUUUUGACUUAUUAAUUACUAGUUUUUGUUUAAGUAGGCUAAAGAUUACAUUGGUGCAAGAUUUUUUAUAAAAAAACGUUAAAUUAAAAAUUGUAUAUUUUUGUUAUUAAAUUUUUAAUUUAUUU